AUGUAUCAAUUCAACUGUGGUCCAGGUCUAAACACUCUGCUCCAUGAAGGCGUUGAAUGCGCCCAGCUGAUCAUCGAUGGUUAUCAAAAUUACUUACAACAAUGCGUCGCAACCUACCUGUCAUCAAUUACUCACGACUACUCUUCCGGUUGCAGAUAUGUGAAGAAUCUGAUGAAUUGCUGGUCGGCGCCAUUUGGUGGCAGCGGACAGAUCCCUUCGCCAGGCUGCCGCAGAGCUGGAGCUGCCGACGUGUGGUGGGCGUGUGAAGCGAAUCGCGUUUUCACACUGAAUCAGUUCCCGAACUGUAGAUACUCCUGCGAUGUGCAACAACAAUCGCUCUUACUUGAAAGCCAUCUCAAAACUCAUCACAAGUUUGAAAAUGGCAUGCAUUACUACAAAAUUCCGGAUUACAUGGCCGUCGUUGGGGGAAAGAAGAUGCUCGUCGAAGGAUCGUGGAUGAACAAUUGA